GCCCUGAAAACCAUCGUUUGCGAGCCAACCCUCGCCGCGAACGACCCCGACUCACAUAACGCGGUUCCCCCACCAGUUUCGGUGACUGUCACCCACACAAAGGCGCCUGGCGCCACACUAACGACACAGACGCGUCCACACAACGAUGAUACAGGCUUUUGCUCGCGCGUGGUUCGAGCGACGAUUGAAGUGGAAGGGGCAGAAUCGAGGAUGCCAGUCUUCCCCGGGCCACGGAUCCGGACAGGGUACUGUUCUUUGAUCCCUUUUCGAUCUUCGAUACUUCUCGCGACGGGCAAGCUUCUUAUCUUGGUAAAAACCUCGAAUAACAAACGAACGAUCAUUUUUUUUUUUACUCGUCACUUGGUGAACGAUAAGUCCCAAUCGGAAUUUGACGAUGAAAUUUCACCUCCAAAGGAUAAACGCGUAUUUAAAGGUUCGUUCGAUGGAGUAAACGUCGUGGAUCUGUCGUCGUGGUGUGUUUUAAUUCGUGAUUCGUUUUUGGAGGAAGUUUCUGCCCGCUCGUGGCUGUCAUCGCCCACCCGGCGGACGUGCCCACGCGUCGCGUCAAUCCUCGCGCGAGUUCUGAAGUUUCUGGACACGGUGUUGUGAUCAGGACUCGACGCAUCGAAUCUCAGAGACAUUUGCGAACACGUGUGGCCUCCUGUUGGACUUCUCGUUGAUUAUGGAACGGGAGAGGUGCUCGUGACUCGGAGGAUCCACGAACGGGACAACAUGAAGACCGAGAUCGAGACGGAGCCCGAGUGCGCGGACGGUAUCCUCUGUUCGAACAACAACAACAACAACAGCACCAACAACAACAACAACGUGCCAGGCAUCAAGAAGAUUGGCGCCAGUAUUGGAAACACCGACAACCACGAUGGAUUGGAAAUGGACUGCGGCGGUUGCGGGGAAAGCGUUCGCGAGCGCACUGUCCUCUGCGUAGGGGGUCGUACCUGGCAUUCCAGGUGCCUCAAGUGUUGCGCCUGUGCGAGACCCCUGCACGACCAGCACUCUUGCUUCCUUCGGGGGAUGAGGCUCUACUGCAGGCACGACUACGCCUUAACUUUUGGAGCAAAGUGUGCAAAAUGCGGUCGAAGCGUAGGUGCUGGGGAUUGGGUGAGGAGGGCCAGGGAGAGGGUUUAUCACUUGGCCUGUUUCGCCUGCGACGCCUGCUCUCGCCAACUCUCCACUGGAGAACAAUUCGCCCUCUUGGACGCCAGGCUGCUCUGCAAGGCUCACUAUCUGGACGUCGUCGAGGGCAACAAUACCUCGUCCUCGGAGGACUGCGACUCAGAGCACGGUGGCAAGGGCAGCAAGACGAAGAGGGUGAGGACGACCUUCACCGAGGAGCAGCUAUCCGUUUUGCAGGCCAACUUCCAAUUGGACAGCAAUCCCGACGGCCAGGACCUCGAGAGGAUAGCCCACGUCACAGGCCUCAGCAAAAGGGUCACGCAAGUCUGGUUCCAGAACUCGAGGGCCAGGCAGAAGAAGCACAGUGGCAAGAUCAAGUCGCAAAAUAUUCAACUACAGUUUAAUUCUGUAUCCAGUGCACCAUUCGCCACCGAUGCAGCACCAUCCAGGCGACCUGUACCCUUCUGGAGUGAGCAUGGUGGGCGCCUAUUUGGGUGGGUAUCAAGGUGGUAGCGCCGGAAGCGAAAGUCCUGGCAGCCCAAUGACACCGCUCACCCCCUUGACACCCCUAACCCCAACGACGCCCAAUCAUCUUCAAGCUCAGUUCUGUCAUCAGACAGGGUAACUUCGCGUGGACGAAUUGUAAAAGAAUCUCGCGCUAAACCGGUGAUCGAAUCUGAACAUUCAGAAUUUGCUACCUUCGUGAUCGAAGGACCAAAAGUGACGUAGUCCUAGGAUCUCGACGAGGGACGGCGAAAGAGAACGUAAUUCGUGCAUUCGAAAUUUUAUUUUUCAUAGAAAUUUUACGAUAUUUGCGUUGCUCCGAUGAUUGAAUUACGAGUGAGAGAGUAUCGAAGAAAGAAAGGACUCUCUUCGAGUUCUAGGAUGAGAGAUGAGAGUGAGAAUGUUAAUGUUAAGCAAUCGAGAUGUUUUCCCUUUCUUGUACAUACCAAAAAAGCGUCAACGACGGAAAGGAAAAAGUGAUAAUAUAAAUAGGAUAGGAUUCCGCGGUGAGGAUUAUAGUUUAACGAAUAGACAAAUCGACGAUUAUUUAUUCCUUUUCGGUUGCAACAGUUUGCAGAUUGUAUUCGGUUUCUUCCGCGCGGUGAGUGAUUUAGCGAAUUUAUUGGCGAACGUGCAAUGAACCAUCGCGACAGAAUUAGAAAGGAAAUCAUCGAUUCGUAGGUAUCGAUAAAUAUUAUUUUUCUCAUUAAUCAUUUUACACUUUCAGAAAGAAUUCCAACAAGUGUUUUGAUUCAUGUUUGACGACUUUUAAAGACGCAUUUCCUUCUACAGUUAUUUCAAGAAUUUUCUAAGUUCAUCCUGGGGAAGUCAAGUAUUUGAAAGAACAUUCCAGUAAAAAUUAUGAAAUUGCGUUUUACGCAUAUCCUUUUAAGUUUCAAGAUCCAGGCAUCUAUUACAUAAUUGCAACAUUGCGCUCGCUGGUAUUUUUCGAGUCCUUACGCGUGUCCUACAAACUAUUUUAUUUUCAAGACGAAAUUGUACAUAGACCUACCCUGUAGCUUUUGUAUAUAAACCUCGAGGAACUUCUGCAUGAGUAUUUGAUAUUGCUCCUGUGUUGUACACUAAUUACCGCAAUAUUGUAAACCGUACUGUUAUUAAUAAAAGUGUCUUUUAUUGUUAAUGCUGUCUUUGACUCCGUGACGAAUUUAUGAUUUAUUGAUAGACUGCGGAGUUUAUGCAUUUAUGACCAACAUAUGCAAAAUAUGCACGUACGUAUGCAGAAUUUAUUUACGUACGUGUUUAAACGUGUUAUCCAUAUCAGCGUACGUAUUAUCCACCCAUAAACGCAC